CGAAGAGGAACUAUAGCGCAUGUGUCAGGAUUCCACUCGGCAAUAUUUGUUUGUGACACACUUUUGAAAUGGCUUCUAAAAUGGAUCCAGACUAUCAGAUAUUCUCCUUUCGGGACUGUAAAUCUUCUCCCGACCCGAUAUUUGAACUCCCGGCCCAGUGUCUGAAUCCAACACCGGCACCUCUUGUAAUAGAUAACGGCUCUUUCCAGACUCGGGCCGGUUGGGCUUCUCCAGCAGGAGUAAAUGACUGUCCACGGCUUCUUUUCAGGUCGGUGGCUGCGCGUAACAGAGGAGCCGCGCGUAGCGAGACCCAAAUUGGCAACGAUAUCCCCAAUCUGGAACCCCUUCGGUGGCUUCUGAAGAGCCCGUUUGACCGAAACGUGGUGGUCAAUUUCGAGAUCCAGGAGUUAAUUUUCGAUUAUGUGUUUACACAUCUGGGCAUUACAUCAGAGGGCAGUGUGGCACACCCCAUUGUUUUAACAGAGGCACCCUGCAACCCACUGCACUGCCGGCAGAUGAUGUCAGAGUUGCUGUUUGAAUGCUACCAUGUACCUUGUGUGUCUUAUGGCGUGGAUGGCUUGUACAGUUUCUACUACAACAACAAUAAAAGGAGCCUACAGUCACCACACACUGGCAUAAUUCUGUCCUCAGGAUACCACUGUUCACACAUCUUGCCAGUUAUAAACGGCAGAAUUGAUGCGGUGAACUGUAAGCGUGUGAAUGUGGCUGGUAGUCAGGCAGUGUCCUACCUUCAGCGCCUCCUUCAGCUUAAAUACCCAGGACACCUUGCUGCUAUUACACUCAGCCGAGUGGAGGAGCUUCUGCAUGAACACAGUUACGUAGCUGUGGAUUAUCAUGAAGAGAUGGAGAAGUGGCGCAGCCCAGAGUUUUAUGAGAAAGAGGUUCACCGUAUGCAGCUUCCCUUCUCCAGUAAGGUUCCAGGCAGCUGUGUGAGCAUAGAGGAGAGACAAGAGAGACGAGUUCAGCAGCUCCGAAGGCUUCAGGAGAUCAACGCUCGCCGUAGGGAGGAAAAACUGCAACAGGACCAAGAAAGGCUAGAUAGACUCAUGGCAGUCCAGGAUCUCCUUGAGGACGGAUUAUUGGAUCAUUUUCAUAAGAGUCUGGUAGAGCUCAACAUGGACUCGGCUGAGGAGCUACAGUCAUAUAUCAACAAGCUGCAGCUGGCCGUGGAACAGAGCAGACAAAAACUGCUGCACUGCGAUGGAGCAGAAGGAAAAACAGAGGUGUCUGAGUUGGAGCAGUCAAUUGACGAGGGAGACGGAGUAGCGUUGAUGGAUCCUGACUUCCCAGAUGACACGCUUCAAGAAAAAUCUGCUAAUGUGGUUCAGCCUGCAUUCAACAUGGCAGAGUACCACCAGUUGUUUGUCGGUACGGAGCGUUUACGGUGUCCAGAGAUCAUGUUCCAGCCCUCACCGACUGGAGAGGACCAGAUGGGACUGAUGGAGACGCUGCAGUAUGUCCUGGCAAGGUACACUACAGAGCAGCAGGAGGUGCUGGUGAGCAAUGUGUUUCUGACAGGCGGAAACAUGCAGUACCCAGGGAUGAAGGAGAGAGUGGAGAGAGAACUGCUGGCCAUGAGGCCUUUUCAAUCACACUUCAAGGUUACAAUGGCGCUGCAGCCAGCUCUGGAUGCCUGGUAUGGGGCAAGAGACUGGGCUUUGGCACAUCCGCCCAGACAAGGGGGAGAAUCAGCAGAGGGAUGGAUCAGCAGACAGGACUAUGAGGAGAAAGGAGGAGAGUACCUGAGUGAACACUGUGCCUCUAAUGUCUAUAUUCCUAUGAAACUCACCAAACCAGUGUCUGCUCGCCCUAUUGAGCCUGCUGGUUACAUGCUUACAUCAACCGUGGCUUCACCUGCCGUCCCCACAGAUAUAUCUGUACUAACACCCCCCAGUUCUACUGUUGCUGAUGUUCCCUUGAUAACCUUAUAAGCUGAGAAUUCAGAUAUUUUGAGUCUCUGCUUGUCAAAAGUUUUAAGCCUUUCAGACAUUCCCUUUUCCUUGAAGUUUGUUGCAUUGCUCCUUGCGUCAAAAUAAUUUUUGCAUAAGUCGAAAUUUCAUAAAUGGUUAAUUAUA